AUGGCCAAUCGCCGGCGUGGCCGUUCGCCUCCGGCCACCGCAUCCACGUCCCGGGACCCCGUAGCCGCCGCGCCGUCGCUGAACUUCCCACCUGACCUGCUCCGCGAGAUCGCGAGGCGCCUGACGAGCCUCCAGGAGUUCUUCGCCCUCUGCCGCGCCGCGCUCCCGGUGACCCCGCCCAACCUCGCUUCCCAGGCGCCGCUCCUCCUCGUCCCCGACGCGGCUGCCGCGUCCCACGCCCUCCUCGACAUCCGCCGCGGCUUCCUCCGCUUCCGCUUCACCCGCUCGCACCUCACCGGCGAGACGGCCGACAUCCACUCCCUCGGCUACCGCGUCGCCGUGGACCUGCGGGGCCGCUGCCAGCUCCGCGUUGUCCACGUACUCACCGGCGAGCGGACCCGCCUCCCCAGCCCCCCGAGCCCCUUCUCCGGCCUCCUACUCUCCGACGAUCUCGUCGUCGCGUGGCACCGUCUGAACCUCCAGCAAUGCCGCCUGGGGAAUCCUUAUCCGCGAUCCCUAUCGCUUCCAUGAUUUGAUCUUCGUGAACGGCACUCUCUACGCGCUGGUGACCCCUGGUUACUGCCUUGCUGCUGUCAAGCUGUCGGACAACAGCGGUUCAGUGGAAUUCGAGUUUCUUGGAGGUGAAUUGGAUGCAGAGACCCUUCGUCACAUUUCAGUGUUCUGUCUUGCAGAGUGUUGUGUGAGCUGGUACUUGUUACCAGACCGAAACCGCAGGAUCGACGGACGUUCCAUGUUUUCCGGUGGCAAUCUGGGGAGCAGGAGUGGGAGAGAAUCACUAGCCUUGGUGGAUGCACCCUGUUUCUUGCAAAUUAUCGUUUUGCUGGGUGCCUGGGCCCUGAUCAUCAGGGGAUUCGAGGCGACUGCAUAUACUACACGAUCCCAGGGCUUCUGCGAGUGCAUUCUUUGGUUGAUGAAUCUGUUACUGAACGCAUUAUUAACUACCCAAUCGGUAAAGAACCUAUGGAAUUUUGUCAAUCUGUUUGGGUCUUUCCGAGCAUGUGUUGAUGCACUGACACGAGA